UGUGUGCGCUCAUGCAUCCUGCACCCAUCUCAACUCUAGUCUCUACCGUACAUCUCAACGCAGGCGACGGCGCGCGCACAAGCUCUCCAGCCGCUACAGCCAUAGCUCCACGUUCUUGUUGCGCAGCGGGAUGGCCUUCUCACCGUCGUUGCAGCUGGCGCUGCUCGUCGCCCUCGUCCUGUCCGCCCCGGCGCCCGCCGCUCUCGCGGCCGGCAGCAAGGCCACCCGCAUCCGCCUCUACAUCCACGAGAGGUUCGAGGGCGCGAACGCGACGGUGGCGUCGCCGCUGCUGCGGUCCCCGCUGGGCGGCAACGCCACCUUCGGGGAGCCCGGCGUGAUCGACGACGAGCUCCGCGCCGGCCCGCGCCCCGGGUCCGACCUCGUCGGCAGAUUCCAGGGCUUCUUCGUCGGCACGGACCGGGCCGGGCCGAGCUACCUGUCCACCGUCACGCUCGUGUUCGCCGCCGGGGAGCGCCGCGGGAGCACGCUGACGGUGCAGGGCCAGUACCAUUUCGACUUCGAGGGCGCGGCCGUGGAGCGCGCCGUCGUGGGCGGCACCGGGGUGUUCAGGAUGGCGCGCGGGUACUCCGUCAUGAAGGUCGUGAGCGCGCCGACGCCGCAGACGGUCGUGUUCAGGAUCGACCUGUUCGUGCUCCUGCCCCGCCCCGGCCACUACUUCUAGCAAAAGUACUCGAUAUUCUCAAAAAGAAAAAAGAGAAGAAGAAGCAAAAGUAGUCGAUCCGAUCGUCGGCUUGCUCCAUCUAUCCGAUCUUCUCGAGAUUUUUUGUUAGAUAAAGAGUCCCAUUUAUCCCUAGUGUCGUUGUGUGUGCGCGCGCGUCUGGUAAUAAGAUUGAUUGACAAAUUGCUGUAACUUUGAGAUUUUGUACGG